AUGAGUAAUCCUCCAAACCCCGAAAGUCUCUUUCUCGAUACGCACUGGCAAGCCCAGCUCACCUACGGAGCUGAACCACCGCUUGUCUCUGAAUCCCCCCUGGUAGUUCCAGAAGCGUACCACCUCAAAUUCUCGGAAUGUGUAACCACGGGCGCGACCACAAACAAGCUUGCUGGGUAUCCCACUUCAGUGUACACCCCGUAUGCUCUCUCCUCUGCAGUUGCAACAGCAGCUACUACCGGAGGUCUCGGCGUAUGGUACUACGUCCGGCUUAAGAAGAGGCAGGAGCUGGACGUGGAGGGAAACCACUUGCAUUGGGAUUGUGGUUGGCAGUAUGUAGCUUAG